AUGGAGAGAAAAAAGGAGAAAGAGAAGAAAGAUAGUGGGAUUGGCGGUAAACUAUUUCAUUUCGAUCAUGACUCCUCAGGUUCAAACGGCGAUUUACACUUAUCUGUUAAUGAUGCAGAUUUAGGUCGCCCUUCUAUGGAUAGAAAGGAGACUAUCGUUCCUUCAUCGGCUUCAAUUGCACCUGUACGCUUAUCUCGUGAUACUUCCUCGACAGCUUCAACUGUAAGAGAGGAAUUUGAUGCUGGGAUUGCCGAAAUAAGUUCGCCGAGGGCUUCACACUCUAAAGAACCAGAUACGGAUUUUCCUGUACCUUCAGUCACUGAUGACACUCCAGCUGCGCCUUCACCUGUACAUGCCAACAAUUCCACAUCUACUGCAGGUAUGAUGACUAUCAAGGUUUACAACGGAGAAGGAUUUAGCUUGCCUUUCCCAAUAACUUCAAAUGAACAAAUUUUGGGCAAACUAUUGAGCUCUGGUAUCACCGCUAGCCGUACGAACCUUGCCUCAGAAAUAGAUUCGUUAAGUUCUCAACUUUCAAGAAUACAAUUGGGAAGCCAGGGACCAGCUGACGAGAAUUUAUUGCCCGGAGAUCAAUGUACUAAGUUUAUUCCAGCAACAAUUGUGCUACCAGGGCCUGAAACUUUGAACCCUUUGCUUUACUUUACUAUUGAGUAUGACAACACAGUAGCUACAAUCGAACCUGAAUACGGAACCAUGGUGAACCCUGUUUUCAAUAAAAUCUCGACAUUUGAUGUCACUAGAAAACUACCUUAUUUGAAGAUCGAUGUUUUUGCUAGGAUUCCAUCAAUUUUGCUUCCUUCAAAAACAUGGCAACAAGAGAUGGGUCCUCACGACGAAGCAUUGCAAGCAAUGUUGGACAAGAUUAAUUCAAACCAGGAUAUUCAUCUCGAUUCCUUCCAUCUACCGGUGAACUUGAAGAUUGAUUCAGCCGCCAACAUCAGGUUGUUUAAUCAUCAUUGGAUCUCCUUGGAUAAUGGUUGGGGUAGGAUCAAUAUGAGUGUUGAUUAUAAACCAGCCAAAAAUAAGGCUUUAUCUAUUGAUGAUUUUGAUUUGCUUAAAGUCAUCGGUAAGGGUUCAUUUGGUAAAGUCAUGCAAGUCAGGAAGAAGGAUACUCAAAAAGUUUACGCCUUAAAGGCACUCAGGAAAGCCUACAUUGUUUCUAAAUCUGAAGUUACGCACACUUUGGCUGAGAGGACAGUACUGGCUAGGGUCGAUUGUCCAUUUAUCGUUCCGUUAAAAUUCUCAUUCCAAUCUCCAGAAAAACUGUAUUUGGUGCUAGCAUUUAUCAAUGGUGGUGAACUUUUUUAUCACCUGCAAAAGGAAGGAAGAUUCGAUCUUUCACGUUCGAGAUUCUACACGGCUGAGUUAUUGUGCGCUUUGGAGACGCUACACAGCCUAGACGUCAUUUACCGUGAUUUAAAACCUGAAAAUAUCCUGUUAGAUUAUCAAGGGCAUAUCGCUCUAUGUGAUUUUGGGUUGUGUAAGCUCAACAUGAAGGAUAAGGAAAAGACUGAUACAUUUUGCGGCACUCCAGAGUACCUCGCCCCAGAGCUACUACUGGGCCAGGGUUACUCAAAAGUUGUUGACUGGUGGACUUUAGGUGUCCUUCUUUAUGAGAUGCUAACAGGUUUACCCCCAUACUACGACGAAGAUGUUCCAAAGAUGUACAAAAAAAUUUUGCAAGAACCCCUCAGAUUCCCUGAUGGGUUUGAUAGAGACGCAAAGGAUUUGUUGAUUGGUUUGUUAAGCCGUGAUCCAAAGAGAAGGUUGGGUUACAAUGGAGCCCACGAAAUUAAAAGGCAUCCAUUCUUCAGCCAAUUAUCAUGGAAACGGCUAUUAAUGAAGGGCUACAUCCCACCAUACAAACCACCGGUCACUAGCGCCAUAGAUACUAGUAAUUUCGAUCAAGAGUUCACUAGAGAGAAGCCCAUCGAUAGUGUGGUGGACGAGUUUUUAAGUGAAAGUGUCCAGAAGCAGUUUGGUGGCUGGACCUAUGUCGGAAACGAGCAACUAGGCAGUUCGAUGGUCCAGGGAAGAAGCAUAAGAUAA